CUUAGUUAACUGUCAGGAAAGCAAACAAUUAAUUAUGCAAGUAAAUAUAACAAUUAAUCAAUUCUAGAGAACUCAGAUAAAUGAGAACUCCAAAUGAUUAAUCGUCAUUUGGAUUCCGUUAAGAUAAUCUUGAUUAAAUGAUUUUCUAACAUCAUCCUUUAGAAACAUAAAAGCAUAAAAGAGCUAAAUCAUCUUUACAAAAUAACUAUAGAUAAGGUACUCCAAUUACUGAUUUGGAAGAAUUAGAGGGAGAAAAAUUGUUUGAUCAAUUUUUUAAGUUAAACAAUUCUAAAAGUGAUAGUGAUUUUAUGAGAGAAUCUGUAUAAAGAGAAACUAAAUCAACUGAAUCUGAUUUUUUAAAAUUUGUGGAAAAUGCAAUAGAAUAUCAUAAAUAAUCAGAACUUCAUUUUAGACCUAUAAUAAAGAAGAAUCCCUAAAUGGAACAAAGGAUUAAAGAACUUACAAUCUCAAAUAGAUUAUUAGCAAAUGAAUUAAAUCGUUAUAAGUAAAGAGAACAUGAUAUGAAGAAUAAAGUUAAAUUAAUGUAAAAAGAAUUCUAAAGUGAGAUUUCUUAAUAAGGUUAAAAAAAUGAUUGGUUAGAGGAACUCUUAAUAAAAUAGAAGAUUGAUUAUGAGAAUUCUUUUUUAGCUUUAAAGAAAUCUUUAGAAAUGAUAUAAAGAAAAUGCAAAUGUUAAAAAGGAAUGAUUGACAAAGUUUAUAAAGAAGUCAAAUCACAAAUCAGACCUCAAUUUGAUUUACAAGUAACACAUUCUUCUUCAGAACUAAGUAAUAAUACUGAGGAAGAAGAAUUUCAAUAUGAUUUCUUUAAAAGAAGAAAAUCUCUAUCGAAAGUAUCUAUUAUAUUUUUAUAUUUCAGAAUUCUGAAGAUCACUAAUUUAUGUAGAGUAAAAUAAAGAAUCCUAAAGAAUAUGGACAUGAUUUCUUUCUUCGUAAAAAAUCUUCAUAAGAUCCUUAUUACACAUGA